GAAAUAAUCCGAUAUAUUCUUCAAUCGCUUUCUCUCUCACUCGUGAUUUAUACCUGAGGACUUAAACGGUUAAACCAUGAAGACUGGAUUCAUUUUGUGUAUAGCAGUCGCCUUUCUGGCUGCCUUUUCCGAGGCCAGACUAGCAGAAAAAGUCAGCGAAGAUGAUGACUUUGUCGUCUACAGGAUCCCGGUUAGAUCAUUAGAUUUACAACCACAAGCAGCUGGAUACUAUGAAGGAGUCGACUUCAGUCCUGCCAGCCAUGGAAGGUCUAACAGCAAGAGCAGUUCCAGCAGCAAGAGCACAAGCAGUUCCACGGGAACCGGAAGAGGCAGAGGAUAUGGUCAAGGAGGAUCAUCUUCCGGCCAUGGCACUGGACAUGGAGGCAGCAGCAGCGGAACCGGAUAUGGCAGUGGUGGACACGGCAGUGGCUAUGGCAGUAGUGGACAGGGUAGCGGCUACGGAAGUGGAGGACAUGGCAGUGGCUACGGAAGCGGUGGACACGGCAGUGGCUACGGAAGCGGUGGACACGGCAGUGGCUACGGAAGCAGUGGUCACGGCAGUGGCUACGGAAGCAGUGGUCACGGAAGUGGUUACGGAAGCAGUGGACAAGGCAGUGGCUAUGGAGGCAGUGGAGAAGGAUAUGGAAGUGGUGGACAUUACAGAGGCGGACAAGCCAGCUACACCCCAGGUGGGUAUGAAGGAGGCAGCAAUACACAACAUUAUGAUGAUGAAGGCCAAGACUACCCUAAGAUCGUGACCACCACCAAAUCAUUCACCACAAACAGCGCCCAAAACGCUGGUUCCCACCAGUACAGACAGACACCCGAUAGCCUGGGAGACAUAAAUUUCAGGCUUGGGGACUAUUUGAAAGAAGCACAAGGAAGCGAAGGCAGCAAGUACAGCCAGAAAUUAUACGAAGGACUCGGUGGGGAUUUCGCUGGUGCCAUUCCAGGUCUUCGCUCUGGUCAAGGAUUCAACGUCAACGACUUCACCCGAACCAUCAACCAAGGCAUGGCUGCUGGCUACAAUGGCCCCUCUUACCGCAACAACAGAUUCGUUCCCCAAGCAUCUUUCGUGUACCCAAGAAUUUAUGGCGUCGGAAAUUCAGCAUUUAAUCUUGGCGGAUUCUAAGCAAAAGAACACGACGAGAUUUAGAAAUAUUUAUAUCUGAGCUCUCAAAAACUGUUCAACUGGCAAAAUGCACUUCUUACUGGAUUAGAAAGUGUUGUGUGUAUCAGUGUAUGAAUGGAGUGUAUGCCUGAGGGGCGAUUUAAGCUAUAAAUAGUCCCUCGUUCAAUGGUUUUUAUGAUUGAAGAAUUAGAAGGAGAUGUUGUGAA